CAUAAUCAUGAGUUUCAUCGACGGACGAAUCGAUGGAGAGAAAAUCUUCGAAGGGAGGGUGUUCCCUAAGAUACUUCUCCCAUCAAAAGCAUGCGAAGGAAAUCUUAUUGAAAUAGUGAAGACAGAGAGGGAAAAGCUUGAGAAGAUGUUAAAAGAGCACGGAGCCAUUCUCUUUAGAGGAUUCGAUGUAAGAUCAGCAGAGGAUUUCUCAAGCGUUGUGGAAGCAUUCGGGCACGAGGAGUUCCCAUACCAAGGACCUGCUGACAGGACAAAGUUGGCAGAUAGGGUUUACACUACUAAUGCGGUGCCUUUGGAUGUCAUGAUUAGCUUCCACCAUGAAAUGGCAAUGAUAAAAGAAUUUCCUCGCAGGAUCAUGUUUUUCUGUAUGCAACCAUCACCAGAAGGUGGGGAGACUUCGAUAAUCCCAAGCAAUAUUAUCGUCGAGAAGAUGGAGGAAGCAUUACCACAAGUUGUGGAAAAAUUUGUAGAAGGAGGGAUAUUUUUCGUCCUUCACACAAAAGCUACAUACAACAAAAAUGGUAGAGUUGUUUGGCAACGUAUGCUCAAAACCACAGAUAAAAUACAGGGAGAGAAGAGAGCAAAGGAAAUGCUAUCAUGCAACACAGUAAAGUUCAACAGUGAUGGAACCGCAGAUUUCACAUUUGGACCAAUGAAUCCGGUGAGGGAGUUCAACGGAAAGAGGGUGAUGUUUAACCGGAUACUCGGAUACAAUACCGGAGAAAGGGAUGCAUAUGUUGCCUUCAAAGAUGGAAGACCUAUUCCAUUGGAAGCCACAAAAGUGAUAGAGAGGAUAUAUGAGGAUAAUUGUGUGGAUAUAUCUUGGGAGAAAGGAGAUGUUUUGUUGGUGGAUAACCUAACAGUUCAACAUGCAAGGCGGCCGGGGAAGCACCCUAGGAUAGUUUUGGUAUCUCUCUCCGAUUAAACCUAUAAUUAUAUGUAAAUGUAAUUGAUUAUAUUCAUGUACAUUUAUGUAAACAUUCAUCUAUUACGUAAACGCAUAGACAAUAUUUAAGUAACGUAAUAAGACUUGAGCAUUUAUUCUUGGAAGAAUUCAUCUGCAUAAUGUGAAAGAAAAGGAAACAAAGA